CAUCAACAUCGAAGAAAGACACGUGUUGGUCAAGAACGCAAAGCAAACAUUAUCAUCACAUCACAUCUCACAUUCCACAUCUGCGGGACGGGCGUGAAUGGAGGAAGCGCAGGCCUCGCAGCUCACUGGCAGGUGGUGUGGUCGUGAGGAGAGUGAAGCUGUCGUUGAGACCACGGAGGUGGAGGUGGUGACGACAGAGGUGGAGAGUGAAUGCGAAGAGAACCCCAACGAAGUCCCGCACAAACAUCUGGCAACCGCCAUCUAUUGGUGGAAGGACACAGACUGGCACACCACAUGCACGCUGUCACGCUCCAUCCUCUUAGACACUGGAUCGCUGGUGAGUCGGCGGUACAAGCGCAAGAUGAAGAAGCUGCAGCGCCGCCGGAAGCACCUCCACAAGAGGCAGGAGCUCGCCCAAGACGAUGACAACGGCAGACACGACACGGGCGCAGCGAAUAUGGGCGCGGAUGCAGGCGAGGCUGCAACAGCCAGCCCCACAAGCGCUGCACUUGCCGAGAAGGAAACAAGCCAUCACAGCGCUGUGCCCCAAGUCGCAGAGCAUGAAGAGGAGCAUAAAGAGGCGGCGGAGGUCGACGAGGAUGAGGAGGCAAAGCUGAUGCUCGCCAUGGGACUUCCUGUUGCAUUUACGAACACAGAUCGCGCCCAGGGUGCAAGCGACGGUGAGCCAAGGCGAAAGAAGCCCAAGCUCCAGCAGAAGAGGGCGUGCCCUGUGCUGCGGGAUGUGUGCUCGGACUGGCGGCUGAUUGCGAACGAGAGCGCGGCCGAGUGGCGACAGUACUGGGCAGGCAUGUACGACAAGGCGAUGUUGCAGCACGUGGAUGCCCUCGUCGCAGCAUCCACCGUCGACGCCACCACCACAAUGGAAGAUGUGUCUUUGUGGGAAGCGCGGCACGCGUGGCUCGCGCGCAUGGCGCAAGACAAGUGCUCGUGGUUGCGGGCAUACAAGCAGCAGUUCUGGCGGUACUUUCGCUUCUAUUGGCAGUGGCGGUGGCAGCAAGCGUUUCCCCAGGACGCAGCGAGGCUGCGGCGACUCAAAGCGAAGCGGCAGCAGCAGCGGGAGCAACAGCGCCAGUCAGAGGUGGAGGGCAGGACGAAAGCGGAAGGUGGUGUUGCAGAUGGACAAGCGGGCGAGAACGAACAGAGGCGUACAGACGACAGUGAUGGACCGCAGCAGGAAUUGGAGGGGGAGGAGGGGUGUGGUGAUGGUGAUGGUGAUGGUGAGUUGCAGGUGCCUGAAGAAACGUGGGCGGAGGUGCGAGACAUGUACCGCGACCUUGGGUUUGUGGCGUCCAUGCAACCGUCCACGACGGCCAAAGGAGUGCACAUUGUGUUUCAUGACCUGGACGACGUGCAGGAUGUUUAUCGUGAAGAGGACCAAGCGGCGACUGUUGGAACUCGCACAGAAGCCGUCUCAGCACAGGGCAACGGCGGCGAUGACGGUGGGAGUGGUGAUGAUGAUGAUGAUGAUGAUGAUGAUGAUGAUGAUGAUGAUGAUGAUGAUGAUGAUGAUGAUGAUGAUGAUGGGGAGGAGGAGGAGGAGGAGGAGGAGGAUGAUGGCGAAGGAGAGGAGAAGGAGAACGAAGAUGAGCAGGAGGAGCAGGCUGAGACCGGUGGUGGUGGGAGCGACGAGAAUGAUGCAUUGGAGAGGACCAACGACAACACCAGCGCUAGCGACAGCGACAACACCAGCACUAGCGACAGCGACAACACCAACACUAGCGACAGCGACAACAGUGAGGCGGAGGAUGAGGAGGCGUUAGGUGAAGCCGAAGCACGUGCUGCGGUGCAGUUGGCGACGCAGGUGCAUGCGGCCACGGGCGCAGCUGGAAAGAACGAGACGGUGCUCAAGUACUGGAUGCAGCGGUUUCGCCUCUUCUCGCGGUUUGACCGGGGUGUGUUGUUGGACGAGGAGAGCUGGUACUCGGUGACCCCCGAGCGCAUUGCCCGCCACCAUGCUCAGCGCUGCCGCUGCAAGGUGCUGGUGGAUGGGUUCUGUGGCGUGGGUGGCAGUGCCAUCCAGUUUGCCCGCACCUGCGAUCGCGUCAUUGCCAUUGACAUUGACCCAAACAAAAUCAACUACUGCCGGCACAAUGCCCGGAUCUAUGGCGUUGAGGACAAGAUUGAGUUUAUCACGGGCGACUUCUUUGAGGUGCUGCCGCGGCUGCGUGCGCGCAUGGAGAUUGACGUUGUGUUCCUGAGCCCGCCAUGGGGUGGGCCAGACUACCUGCAGCACCGCGAGUACCGGCUGGCGUGGAUGGAGCCCAACUUCCAGCGCAUGGUGACGGCGGCUCGCAGCGUCACGCAGAACGUGGCCAUGUUCCUUCCCCGCAACACGUCCCUCGAUGACCUCAUUGCGCUCUGCAAGCAGCCGGUGCAGGCCGCUGGCGCGGCAGUGGGUGAGACGGGCGCUUGUGACGUUGUUGCGACCGCGUUUGAGGUGGAACACAACUACCUCAACCGCAAGCUUAAGACCAUGACCGUCUAUGCUGGCCCUUUGUGGCAACCAGCGCAGGCGGUGACGUCAGUGGCACAAGAGGAAUAAACGCCAAAGCUCGA